AUGGAGCUGAAGCUGUACGGCGCCCCCAUGUCCACGUGCGUGGCACGUGUACUGGCUUGCUUGUAUGAGAUGGGCGCUGAUUUCGAGCUCGUGCCCGUCAACGUGCCUGCCGGCGAGCACAAACAACCUUCCUACCUCGCCACUAAAAACCCUUUUGGUCAGAUUCCAGCACCCAUAGAUGGCGAUCUGACUCUCUUAGAAUCACGUGCGAUCAACCGUUACAUAGUGAUCAAGAACAAGGGCACAGGCCCUGAUCUUUUGAGGCUGGACAAUCUCAAAGAAUCGGCAUUGAUUGGAGUCUGGAUGGAAGUGGAGUCCCAGAUGUUCAAUCAGCCGAUCUGGGCCAUCGUGCAUCAGAUCAUCAUCGGUCCGUUCUUCGGUGGGACCACCGAUGAUCAGGUGGUGGAGGCGAAUGCAGAGAAGUUGGCCAAGGUUCUUGAUGUCUAUGACGAGAGGCUGUCAAAGAGCAAGUACUUGGCUGGGGAUUUCUACAGCUUAGCUGAUCCGCACCACAUCCUAUACACUCAUUACCUUAUGAAGACUGCUAAAGCUUUACUCAUUAACUCACGCUCGCACGUGAAGGCGUGGUGGGAUGACAUCUCUUCGCGGCCUGCUACAAAGAAAGUCAGGGAGGGGAUGAGUUUCGGAGGAAAUGCAUGA